GCGCGGUGUUGCGCAAUGCUCCUCUUUCUCAUCGAACGAGAGCUUCGUUACAAUGCGAUCGAUGAAAUCCGUUUCUUUUUGCCGAACCGGGGCAAUAAACGAGCCGUUUGCGCGACACGAUCGAUUUCCCGCGACUGUUUUUCGUUAUCCAUUCGCACCUGGCAAACUAACUCGAGUUUUAAACGCUGUGCCUCAUCGAGUUGCACGCUAGUCGCUCGUCUUUCGCCUAUACUCCUGGUUUCGCUGGACGGGCUGCACAGCGGCGUGCCGACGAGGACGACGCCGACGUUGACGCCGACGACGCUCCGGAGUAUCGAGCAGACGUUCCUGGAGCUGACCAGCGAGUCAGCGUCGCACAGCCGCGAGGCAGGUUUCGUGCCACCGUUGGUGGAACCGUCGCAACCGACGCCGGCACAGACGCAAAACACGGCGGCGCAUCACGUCGUCACCACCACCGUCGCCGCCCCCGUGGCAGCCAACACCAUCCUUGUGGACAGUCAGCAGACGACACAGCCGCAACAGCAGCAGCCAACCAGACGCAACAUGGGUGGCAGAAGGCCCACCAGGACGAUCGGGAUGACUCCGGAGGAGGAGGAACGAAGACAGAUACGCAGAGAGAGGAACAAGAUGGCAGCAGCUAGAUGCCGCAAGCGAAGGAUGGAUCACACCAAUGCCCUGUUAGAAGAGACUGAGGGUUUGGAGCAGAAGAAGCAAAGCUUGCAGGAGGAGAUCCAACAGCUACAGCAGGCCAAAGACGAGCUGGAAUUCAUUCUGGAGGCGCACAGAGCGGUCUGUCGACUUCGUUCCGCCUCGCCGCCGGAUGUGAAACCCGUGAUAAAGCCAGAUAUUCCGACGGAGAAUCAUUUCGUGGCUGCAGUCACCGCGGCCGACGCCGGGAAACGCGGCGACCCGGCGGUGAACAUCGCGACGAGGCCGAACAGACCGAACUCGUUGCCGGUUGGCUUCGACAACAACAACCGGCCCAACUCCCUGUCGAUCUUCAACGAGCCGAAAGAGAGGCCGGACACGCUCACGUUCAAAACGGUGGAGACACCGGCGUUCAUGAAACCGUCGUUGGACGUGGCGGGAAUGCCGAUCACGACGCCAACCAGCGGCAUACCGUUCAACUUCGAGUCGUUGAUGGAAGGUGGAACCGGCCUCACGCCGGUCUCCACGCCGUUGAUACCUUCCUGCUCGACGCAGCAGAGAAACAACCUGUCGGCGGUCGACCUCAGCUCACCGGAUGCGAAUCCGCCGAAGCUGAAUACCAGGAGACCAUGACCUGACCGCUGCGAUCAGUAACGAACAGGAGACAAGCUUGUUGAAUUAUUAUUACCUUUGUCCAAAUGCAACAAUUGCAGCGCCAAGAAGAGAAUUUUUUGCCGUACGGUUUGCCGUCAUCGAAGUCAAUCACGUCGUUCGACAGUAUUAUUAAUUUGACACCUUCGAGGGAGAAGGUUUAAUCCUGCGUUACGAGUUUGUCAUUUCUUCUCUAUUGUAUUGUUUUAUUAUCGUCGAAGAGAGAUAAGAGCGAUUGUGCGUAUCGUUCCGUCGAUCGAGGAACGAUUGGUGGAGAGCACGCGUUUUGUAUUUGCAUUUUUCUCAACGCCGAUAUGAUGAGCUUCUCAAUUUACUGUUUUGUACGCGCUCGUUUGUAAUACGAAGAAACGAUGAAAGUAAUAAAAAAAAAAAAAAAGUCGGUACGAUGACACUGUUCAUUCUGUAUGGUACUGUCCGAUUGUAUAGAAAUAACCCGAGUUACCGUUGCCGUGAGAUUCUGGUAACUUUUGUGCUUACGAGAAGGAUUUUCUACUAGAACCACACACACACACUCACACACAUACACACGCAUCGUGAAAUUCAGUAUUUGCGUUUCUGUCGUGAAUUCACGCACCGUAAAGGAAACUUGUCGAGCAUAUUUCCGUCUCUGUGAAAAGUAAGUUCGAUAAAGUCACCUUUGAGGCUAAU